AUUUGUAAUUUUCCCAAAAUACUUGUACCACUUUGAGUUGCUUGCAUCUCGUCCACUUCAUCAUCUUCUACCAACAAAAAUCAUCCUCCAAAUUUGAGUCUCACAUCUCUAAAAUUUCUCCAAUGGAAUAAUUUCAAGCAAAAGAUUAUACUUUCACUCCAAAUUCUCGAUCACUGAUGUCUGCCGGAACCCCAGACAACCACCACGACGAUUCCGGCGAGGAGGCCUGUGUUUUCGAUCUCUCCGGCGCCGACGAUUCAAACGUUGCGGCGGAAGAUAACGUGCCUCAGCCCAACACAACCGACGCUGCCAUCAAUGGUCACAAUUAUUCUUCAUCUUCUUCUUCGGUGGCCAAGGGCCUCUCUUCUGUGCUCUCUUCUGUAAUUACGGAUUUCGAUUCCAGAGCUGAGGACACCGUUCGUAGCCAGGACCAGCUCUCUUUCGCCAUCGAUCGUCUUACCCGAGAGCUUGACCAACUGUUAGAAGAUGCACCGGUGCCAUUCAUUAUGCAGCAUGCUGUCAAGAUUUCUGGAGUUAGAAAAAGAGUUACAUCGUUAAAUACACUUUUGAAAUCUAUACAACGGCGUCUUGAUAAUGUUGAUCAAAUGCUGUCUGUGGGCUUGCUACAUGAAAAAGCAGACACAGAAAGUGCCAGACAACAUUAGCAUGAGCCAUGUAUUAGAGGGUCUUAUCAAUGUUUCUUAAAGCGAACACUUAAGCCUUCAAGGGUACAGAGAACCAAAUAUAAAGCUAACAGAUUUUUUGUGCCAAUAAGUUGGAAGGGAACUAAUUUCAGGCAUAACCAGUGAUUUGAGGCAUUUGUUAGUAUGAUAAGCUAUACAGUUUUGUUUAGUUUAUAUUUUGGUGGCGAAAGCAGUGAUUUCUGAACUAACCUUUGAGUAGGUUAUCCUAAAGUGAAAAAAGGAUAUGGAUGUGAUCUGUCCUAGUCUGGUUCUUGUGGAUUGUAAUUAGUGGGUAACACAUACAAUUAUUUUUGACAAAACACAUGUUUUGUUUUACAAUCUCACGAGGAAUAUGGCACUAUAUUAUUCUAAACAUCGAAGGAGCUACAUAGUCGACUUGGUAAAGUCUCUCUAUGGUGAUUCCAAAGAGCUAGGGUUGGGUCUUGUGUUCACCUCAUUUCAGAUCUGAAGACGCCCAUCACCCCAUACGGGUUCAAGAUCCAAAAUGACUGGAGACAUUUCUAUAGAUGGUUGUAGUGGCCAAACAGAAAAAGCUAUGGAGUUACAGUAAACAGUUUUUACAAGUUGGAGCUGGAUUAUGCUUAGUGUUACAAGAAUGACAUGGGCAGGAAGUUAUGGAUCAUAAGAUCUGUUUGUCUCUUCAAAGAUGAUGAAAAUAAGGCCAAGUGAGGUGAAAAAACACUCUAUAUAUCAAGGGACUUUCUUGGAUUUGCUCAAUUUCAAAAAACCCAGCCUGGUACUUUACGAUGGUUUGGGAGCCAGGCUUCUGGCCUACCAUUGAUUAGAGAUAUGGUGUAGUGUAGUGAGGGCGAAAAGAGAAGGAAGUAGGUGGGAGGUGGCUGUGGAAAAUUGCUUCUAGAGGGAGCUGAGGAUAGGAUAAUGAAAUUUGGGAAAGUAUUCCUUUGUUCCCCAUAGCAACUGGGGAUGAAAAAGCACCAAAUUUGAUGACUUACUAAGGGAAAGACGAAGUAAGAGCAUGCAAUUGAAGACGUUGCAACAUCUGUUGGGGAGGCCUUCAUUGAUUGUAUACAAACAAAAUACGAGUCCAAAGUAGGGUAAGAAAGGGUUUACCUAAUGGAGAUAUUAACUCUUCCAGAACCAAUAACGCGUAAACUAUGUCAAACCAAGACCUAUCAAUAUCCAAAUGGAACGGAUUUGAACUUCUCCCAGAAUAGGUUGCAGUGCGAAGUGAAAUUCAUAGGAUAUAACACCACAGCUGCUGAUCUUAGAACACACAGCCAUUGGAGGGUUCCUGAAUCUUGACCCCAUAGCUGAUAUGUUUCAGAUUUUUGUUUUUGUUUUAAUUUUCACCCCAAACGUUGUAGUUUUGGGGUUUGUACUCUAAAAGUAAAUCUGAGUUGUUGGAUUUGGGUUCUCAGUGAUGUGUCAAAUUGUGGUAAAAAGACAACAAAAUCAUUGCAAAGACUGAUCCAAGUUCUGGAUGGAUUUAGGUGCUUGUUUUUAUUUUAUUUUAUUUUAUUUAUUUUUGUAAGUAUGGUAGGUUUGUUUUAAUAAACUAUGUCCUGCAGUUUACAUGGGAAAAAAAGGCAGAUAUAAGAUUAAUUCACAUCAAACAUAUUACGAGCAUGAAAACAAUUCCAUACCAAAACAAUAUUACAGAGAUUACAGAUCAAGUUUCAAAAGCAUAAGAAGUAUAUUGUUCAUGCAUGCAUAAUGGUAUUGUUUU